AUGACAGGAAAGGAGUGCUACCUUGAUUGCUCGACGGUGAGGGAGAUAUGGAAGGAAGCAAGGAAGAUCAUAAAAUGGGAUUUGAAUCAAAAUCAAGAAUCUGUUCCUCGUAACAUAGAAGCAAGCUGGACUGGCUUGGUGGCAGGGAGGGGUAUACCGUUCCAUGAAAGUGUGAAGGUGAUUGGACCUCCUCACGAACUCCCUCCACCAGAUGGAUCUAAAAACCAGGACCAUGCUCCAUUAUGCGAUCCUGCAAGUAAAACUUCCACCGGAAUACAUUCUAUGAAUCUCACGGGCAUCGAGAAUCUAUUCAAGGGUCCUUAUCUCAGUCUCUGUCCUUUCCCACCCUCUCACGAGUCAUGUGCAAGUCAGACACUUCUAAACUAUCGUGACGAGGUUGCUAAAAGAGAAAUCAACUGUCUCCAGAUUCUUCGGUACCAUUUUGGAGGCAUUUGUCCACCUAAAUGCUCAGUUGCUGGUAAUAGUCUCUGCAUUCUAAAUUUGUUAGGAGCCCUCCCUCGGCCUCAAGACUAUAAUUACUUCUUCCAAUCAUAA